AUGCCUCGUCCAACCACUCGCCAGGAAGUGCUCGCUCGCCUACGCCAGACCAUCGCCGAGGGGUCGAUCAUCGUCGGCGCGGGAGCUGGCAUCGGUCUCUCUGCCAAAUUCAUCGAAAAGGGAGGCGCGGAUCUCAUUCUCGUGUACAAUUCUGGCCGCUUCCGCAUGGCCGGACGAGGGUCCCUAGCCGGCCUGAUGCCGUACUCGGACGCCAACCAGGUCGUGGUGGAAAUGGCCAACGAAGUGCUCCCCGUGGUACAGCACACGCCCGUGCUCGCCGGCGUAUGCGGGACGGAUCCCUUCCGCAGCAUGGGCGAAUUCCUGCAGCAGCUGCGCAGCAUCGGGUUCGUGGGGGUGCAGAACUUCCCGACGGUGGGGCUCAUUGACGGCAAGUUCCGCCAGAACCUCGAGGAGACGGGCAUGGGCUUCGACAAGGAGGUCGAGAUGAUCCGGCUCGCGCACGAGAUGGACCUCGUCACCACGCCGUAUGUCUUCACCGUCGACGAGGGCGAGCGCAUGGCGCGCGCCGGCGCGGACGUCAUCGUCGUGCAUGUCGGCCUCACAACCUCCGGCACGAUCGGUGCCCAGACCGCGCUGUCGCUGGAUGACUGCGUGCGUGUCAUCCAGGAGAUCCGCGAUGCGGUGGUCGCGGUCAACCCGGAGGUCAUUGUGCUGUGCCAUGGCGGGCCGCUGGCGGGUCCCCGGGACGCGGAGUAUGUGCUCAGUCGGACGCACGGGGUGCAUGGCUUCUUUGGCGCGAGCAGCAUGGAGAGGUUACCGGUGGAGUUGGCGAUCCAGGAGAACGCGGAGGCGUUUAAGCGGUUGAAGGUCAAUCAUUCUUCUGCUUGA